GCAGCGCGCCCGUCAGAGCAUCGCUGCCUGCUGAGCUCCCCAGCGAGACCUCGCGGCGGCUCGUGAUUUUGGGGGGCGGGGGACCAGCUGCGCGCCGGCACCAUGUUCCUGGCGACCCUGUACUUCGCGCUGCCGCUGCUGGACGUGCUCCUGUCGGCCGAGGUGAGCGGCGGGGACCGCCUGGACUGUGUGAAAGCCAGCGAUCAGUGCCUGAAAGAACAGAGCUGUAGCACCAAGUACCGCACGCUGAGACAGUGCGUGGCGGGCAAGGAGACCAACUUCAGCCUGGCGUCCGGCCUCGAGGCCAAGGACGAGUGUCGCAGCGCCAUGGAGGCCCUCAAGCAGAAAUCGCUGUAUAACUGCCGCUGUAAGCGGGGCAUGAAGAAGGAAAAGAACUGCCUUCGCAUCUACUGGAGCAUGUACCAGAGCCUGCAGGGAAAUGACCUGCUUGAAGAUUCCCCGUAUGAACCUGUUAACAGCAGGUUGUCUGAUAUAUUCCGGGUGGUCCCAUUCAUACCAGAUGUUUUUCAGCAAGUGGAGCACAUACCCAAGGGGAACAACUGCCUGGAUGCAGCCAAGGCCUGCAACCUCGAUGACACCUGCAAGAAGUACAGGUCAGCGUACAUCACCCCGUGCACCACCAGCAUGUCCAAUGAAGUCUGCAACCGACGCAAGUGCCACAAGGCCCUGCGGCAAUUCUUCGACAAGGUUCCUGCCAAGCACAGCUAUGGCAUGCUCUUCUGUUCCUGCCGUGACAUCGCCUGUACGGAGCGCAGGCGGCAGACCAUUGUGCCGGUGUGCUCCUAUGAAGAAAGGGAGAAGCCCAACUGCUUGAACUUGCAGGACUCCUGCAAGACGAAUUACAUCUGCAGGUCUCGCCUUGCAGAUUUUUUUACCAACUGCCAACCAGAGUCAAGGUCUGUCAGCAGCUGUCUGAAAGAAAACUACGCUGACUGCCUCCUUGCCUACUCAGGGCUUAUUGGCACCGUCAUGACCCCCAACUACAUCGACUCCAGCAGCCUCAGCGUGGCCCCCUGGUGUGAUUGCAGUAACAGUGGGAAUGGCUUGGAGGAGUGCCUGAAAUUUCUGAAUUUCUUCAAGGACAACACGUGUCUUAAAAAUGCAAUUCAAGCCUUUGGCAAUGGCUCCGAUGUGACUGUGUGGCAGCCAGCCCUUCCAGCACAGACCACCACUGCUAUGACCACCACAGCCUUCCGGGUCAAGAACAAGGCCCUGGGGCCAGCAGGGUCUGAGAAUGAGAUCCCCACUCAUGUGCUACCACCUUGUGCAAAUUUACAGGCCCAGAAGCUGAAAUCCAAUGUAUCCGGCAGCACACACCUCUGUCUUUCUGAUCGUGAUUACGAAAAGGAAGGUCUCACUGGUGCGUCCAGCCACACAACCACAAAAUCAAUGGCUGCGCCUCCAAGAUGCAAUCUGAGCCCACUGCUGGUUCUGGUGGUAACAGUUCUGUCCACCCUAUUAUCUUUAUCUUUGGCUGAAACAUUGUAGCUGCAUCUACAAGACAACAUGGACCUGUAAGAAAGACGAAAACCAAGUUAUCUGUUUCCUGCCCUCUUGUAUAUCUGAAAUUCCAGUUCUAGGAGCUCAGUUGAGAUACUGCUAAAAUGGUUUCCUCCAACUGGAACUUGUUUUUUUGUUUGUUUGUUUUAUAAUGAAAGCUUCUUAUGACACUCGGGGGCUUCUGU